GUUCUUCAGUAUGGUGGCGCGACAAGCUCAGUUCUCUCUCUCGUUGAGUUUGUUGAGUGCUAAUACUUAGCUCUGGCUAAUGUUUGUCUUUUGCUUGCUCUUUGUUCCUGUCUUGCCCGAACCCUCCCUGCCAGCCGAUGGGCGCCGCCACGCUGUCGCCCACUCGCAAUCCGCGGACUCCCCUGUUUGUUGCGCGUUCUCCGGGGCUUAUACGAGUAGAUAAACUCUCGUGCAUUAUAGGUAAUGAUCUCUCAACUCAUGUCUCCAAAAAAAGAGACACUUUGAGCCAAGUCGACCUCCAAGGGCUUUUGACAGGGAACUUGGGUAGCACCGCCCCGUAUGUUUCCAGGCAUCUGGGCCCCAUCGCGGCCACCACGGCUCCUUGGCCGGCCACGAAAGAGACUAAUAAGCAGGAGGGGAGCAGUCUGGGGCUGACUUGGGCAAACAUGACCUGGAUGUUUGGGGUAGCAGUGGAGGGGGCCGCCGUGAGUCGAUGUUCAGUAUCUGAUUCAGCAUCUGAUUCAGCCUCCACCAACUCAAGGUACCCUCGGCUGGGCCGGUUGAGAGGUGGUGUGCCCGGUAUUCGUACUCGAGGAGGCGCCCGAUUCAACUGUUGGUAAAAGACCAACCACUGGGACGAGAAAGGCAAGGUGUCACAGCCAGUCCUCCGCUGCCCGGGCUGGUUAGCCCCUCGCAGC